AUGGGUUCAAGCACGAUAUCACCCGCUGUGGCAAUGUCAACAACCCUCACAUCCCACGAUAAACUCGUUGCAAAUGCGCUCAAGGUCAACACAAAGCCGCUUUGGACACAGAUGGCCAAAAUGAAUCCGCGAGAGCCGAAUCCGAAGUGUGUGCCGACCAUUUGGCGGUACGAGGAAGUCAGACCCCUCUUGGUAGAGGCCGGUGUGCUCGUCACCGAUAAGGAGGCAGAACGUCGGGCAUUGAUGUUCGUGAAUCCUGCGAGAGAUCAAGAUGCCCCGUAUACCACGGACACCAUAGCCUCUGGGCUCCAACUUGUCAUGCCCAACGAGACAGCCCCUGCCCACAGGCACCUUGCUUUCGCCAUGCGGUUCGUCAUUGAAGGCCAGGGUGGAUUCACAGCAAUCCAGGGUAAAAGAGUCUGGAUGCAGCGUGGUGAUGUUAUCCUGAACCCGCCAUGGAACUGGCACGACCAGGGUAAAGACGGCUCUGGGCCCAUGAUAUGGCUCGAUGGCCUCGAUAUCCCAAAUUUCAUCCAUAUUCCCGUGCAUUUCGUUGAGCACUAUAAAGAACCGAGAUACCCAGCCGAGGACGUCGAUUCCAGCAAUUCAGCUCUGGUCUUUCCGUGGAAAGUCAUGCAGCAGAAGUUGGAUAGCAAGCCCGGAGAGUGGGCCUCGCAGGAUUAUUUGCGAUCGGAUGGCACGCCAGUUGACUUGUCCGGGUUCUUCAUACUGAUUUCAUAUGCUGAAGUGUCGAAAUCCCUUGGUGGUUGUGCCGAACGCCUAGACCCAGGUGCCUCCUCUCCUGCUGUCCGUGAGACGGCUUCUUCCAUAUACCAUGUCAUCUCAGGGGCAGGAUACAGUGACAUUGGUGGCCAGAGAUUCGAGUGGAAACAAGGAGAUUCUCUCUGUAUCCCGGCAUGGAACAAAUAUCAGCACACCAAUAAGGGAUCUGAGACGGUUUACCUCUACCGACUCCAUGAUAAGCCCUUGCUAACCAACCUCGGGUACUAUCGACUUGAUGGUUGCGAUGUGGAAAGCUUGGUGUCGGUAUAUUGA